CACUAAAAAUUUUUGUUAUUAAUGUUAUUAUUAUUAUUAAUUAUUAUUAUUGCAUUUUUGCUAACAAUUUCUGCAAAUAAUUUUUUCGUCAUACGAGUGUUUUAGUAUCUCCUCCAGCAAAUGAUGCAAAACAUUUGCGAAAGAUGGUUUGCAACAACAUCAAAACAAUUCUGUCGUAAGUGAUAUUUAAUAAUCAUGAGUAUGUCUUGAAUGUCCGUGAACCAAACAGAGUAUGAUAAUUAAAAUUUAUAAAUAAAAGAAAACAGAACCUAUUACUCCAGACAGUUUUGGAUAAAAUGGAACAAAAAUUAUGGAUGUGGAUAUGUGGUAUUCUUGUUCUUGUAACUAUAGGCAAUUGUGCAAGUCGUCAUGUUCAGCCUAAUAUCACAAAAUGUAUGUACUACAACCAAACUUUAUGUGAAAGUUCUCGAGGUACAUAUGGUUGUGGAAAUGUUACCCAAGAUUGUAUCUCUGCUGAUAAUGAUAAACCAUCAUAUUGUUAUACUGUUUGGACAAACACUACCAAUCAGUUAUCAAUAAAGCUUCAGGGAUGUUUUUUAAAUAACAUCGAAUGUCAUGGUCAAAAACAAUGCAAAGAUAAAAAAGAUGAAAUCAAACCUAAUGGUUUCUUUUUUUGUUGCUGUGAUGGAGACUAUUGUAAUUCUGAAUUUUUUUGGGACCCUAUUCCAACAACUCCUCGAACAGAAACAUCUGCAAAACCAAUGUAUGAUAAUAAUGAAUUAAUACACACUAUUGUAUUUUCUACUAUACCAUUAGUAGCUGUGGCCAGUAUGUUUUUAUUUGUUUAUUGGGUAUAUAAACGAAGAAAAAUUCCUCAUUUUUCUCAUUGGGUUCCAUCAUCUGAUAGCUCUCACUUAGGAAAUUGCUCUCCUAUACUUAGCAAUCGUCCUAUACAACUAGUAGAAGUAAAGGCUCGAGGUCGUUAUGGUGCUGUUUGGAAAGCCCUUCACAAGAAGGAUACAGUUGCUGUUAAAAUAUUCCCUCCUCAGGAUAAAAACUCGUGGUUGGUAGAACAAGAUAUUUAUCAACUACCUCACAUGCAACAUCAAAAUAUACUAUCAUUCAUUGGUGCUGAAAAACAUGCUAGUGUUAUUGAAGGUGCCAAAAAUGAGUACUGGUUAAUUACUGCUUACCAUGAUUAUGGAUCAUUAUGUGACUACUUAAAAUCAAAUAUAUUAACAUGGGAUCAACUUUGUCAUAUUGCCCAAUCCAUGGCCAGAGGUUUAAUGCAUUUGCAUGAAGAAAUUCCAUCAGAACGAUCAGAUCAAUAUAAACCUGCCAUUGCUCAUAGAGAUUUUAAAAGUAAUAAUGUUCUACUAAAACAUGAUUUAACUGCUUGUAUUGCUGAUUUUGGCCUUGCUUUGGUAUUUCAACCUGGCAAGUCAUGUGGUGAUACACAUGGACAGGUUGGCACAAGAAGAUAUAUGGCACCCGAAGUAUUAGAAGGAGCAAUUAAUUUUUCAAGAGAUGCAUUUUUAAGAAUAGAUAUGUAUGCAUGUGGCUUAGUACUAUGGGAAUUAGCAGCUAGAUGUACAGCACAACAAGGAGCUAUACCUGAUUAUAGGUUGCCUUUCGAAGAGGAAGUUGGGCAACAUCCAUCUUUAGAAGACAUGCAAGAAUGUGUAGUUCAUAAAAAACUAAGACCGGCUUUUAAAGACAGUUGGAAAUCACAUCCAGGUUUAAUUGCUUUAUGUGAUACUAUGGAAGAGUGUUGGGAUCAUGAUGCAGAAGCUAGAUUAUCAGCAUCUUGUGUAAUGGAACGCAUUACUUGGCAAUGUCGUCAACAGCUAUAUCAACAUUAGUGUCAUCAGUACCUUAAAAUAUUUUAACUGUAUUAUAAUUCAAUCCAACUCAUCAGUAACCUAGCUUCUGCAGGUUAGAAAAUUGCUGUUUCCUUUUGCGUAAGUGAACUUCUUAAGAAGUUGUUAUACUAUUUAUAUACAUUUGUCUUGAUGUUACAAAUAACAUUAAUCGUUUUUAAUAAUAAUAAAGAGAUACAACUACUAAGAAUAUGAAAUAUAUUUUUAUGUAUUGGAAGA